AUGCGGCCACAGUCGGCAUCGCUCGGCCAAGUGCCAUACCGCAGCCUUUUCAACCCCCGUCGGAUCCCGUGCGGAGCGCGCAGUUUUGCCGCAACAACAGCUAUUCCGCUGCGCGGUGAUAGCACUCGGCCUGUAUUGUCCGCUUCGCAGUCUGGGACAUGCUUCCGGCAGCAGAGAUGGAUUACACAAAAGUAUAUUCAGCGUAUGAAAGACGGUGAGAAGGAGUGGGCAGGGUUUGCGAAAGAAAUCAAGGCCGGGAACCGCAAGAACUUCGCGCAACACUUGGAGGAGCGAGGCUUGAUUCAUGAUGUUGUCGGCGAACGGGACUUGUUGCAUAAGGUCUUCACUGAAAAGCGCGCUGGAAUAUACGUUGGAAUUGACCCAACUGCCCCCUCAAUGCACGUUGGACACAUGCUUCCUUUCAUGGUUCUCGCCUGGGGAUACGUCUGGGGUUUACCUGUGACAUUCCUACUUGGCGGUGCUACCUCUAGAAUCGGCGAUCCCAGCGGGCGCCUCAAGGGGCGAGACGCUGUCCAUUCUUCAAUCCGAAAGGCAAAUAUGGCUAGCAUGCACAUGCAAUUGAAGAAGUUGGGCUCCAGCAUUGAGCAGUACGGCAGGAGACACGGACAUGAGAGACAACCGAUGUGGAAGCGGGCAUUGGAGAACAAUAACACUUGGUGGAACUCGAUGCCUUUCCUUGAAGUGCUGCGAGACCUCGGCGCUUUCAUGCGACUUGGUCCUAUGCUCGGCAGAGAUACUGUCAAGACACGGUUGAACCAAGGCGAUGGCAUGUCAUUCGCCGAAUUUUCCUACCCUAUUCUCCAGGCCUGGGAUUGGUGGACGUUGUUCCAGAAGGGCACGCAAAUCCAGGUCGGAGGUGCCGAUCAAUACGGAAACAUCCUGUUUGGCAUGGAGGCUGUCAAGUCUAUCAGCCGAAACACUGCCGACGAACAAGUCCGCAACCCAUUAGAGUCAGAACUAGAUCGGCCGAUCGGUUUCACUACGCCACUACUGACAACUGCGUCCGGCGAGAAGCUUGGCAAAUCUGCUGGAAACGCUGUUUGGCUUGACAAGGACCUGACUUCUACAUUCGAACUUUACCAGUACUUUGUGCGCACGCCUGACGAUGUUGUCGAGCAGUACCUCAAGCUGUUUACUUUUAUUCCCUUGCCUGAAAUCGCCACCAUCAUGGAGGAGCAGAACAAGGAUCCAUCUAAGCGCGUUGCGCAGCACAAGCUCGCCCUUGAGUUUGUUGAGCUUAUUCAUGGCAAGACCGAAGCUGAUGCCGUGGCUCUUCAACACCGUCAGCUUUUCCGUCCCCGAUCCUCAACUGCAGAGCCCACCCCUCUUCUCAAGUCAUCCGCUCCUCAAACUGGUCACCCGCAAUCUCCCACCGCUGGCUUCCAGACUCCUCAAUCUGGGAACCCGUAUGCUCCUCAAACAAACUGGGCCAACAUGGGCGAUAUCAAGGUCACCCUCCCCGAAUCCCUAGUCUUCAACCAGCCCUUCAACAAGAUUCUGUGGUCGGCCGGCCUUGUUUCAUCCAAGAGCGAGGGCCACCGAGUCAUCAUAAACAACGGCGCCAAGGUUGGAAGCCGUCCUGGUGACAGUGGUCCCAUGUCGGACCAAUUGUCCUUCACGCCUAUCCGGCCGUGGGAGGCAGACAAGACGAAGGAGUUUGUCCUGAAUGGUAAUCUCCUGAUGCUGAAGUUGGGCAAAUGGAAGCUCAAGGCCGUUCACAUUGUGCCCGACGAAGAGUACCGCGCACUAGGGCUCACAGCUCCUGGAUGGGAGACUGAGCCCGCUGAGUCCACCGAGUCCGCUGAGCCAGCCGAGCCGACCAAGUCGGAGUAG